AUGAGCAAAAUAUUGGCAGAGGUAUGGAAGACCAAGAACAUUGCAAUCGAGCUGCAGUUCUCUGCUCUGCUGGGUUCUUGCCGGGAUCUAGCGACUGGAAGGCGAAUCCACGCUCAGAUUUUAGCAGGAGGAGGAGCCCCAACCCGAUUCCUGUCCAAUCUCAUCGUCCAAAUGUAUGGAAAGUGCGGAAGCGUGGCCGAUGCAGAGCUCGCAUUCCGAUCCAUCCGAGAUCCCAAUCUCUUCUCUCACAGCAUGAUCAUCUCGGCCUACAUCCACAACGGGCAGCUGGAUCAAGCGCGUGCAAUGUUUUCUUCCUUCCAUAACCGCGACGUGGUGCUGUGGAACUCGAUGCUUCAGGGAUAUGCCAGAACUGGGGAUAUCGUUGAGGCCACGAAGCUCUUCCAGGACAUUCCUUCCAAGGAUGCGGUAUCGUGGAGCGAGGUCGUCCAGGCGCACGCACACGCUGGUGAUUUGGGUAGUGCGCGGCAGAUUCUAGACAAAAUGCCGCUGUGGAACACCGGAUCGUGGACUGCAAUGCUUGUAGCAAAUGCACAAGCAGGGCAUCUUGACCAGGCCUGGUUUUGUUUUGUGGGCAUUCGUUUUCGAGACAUUGUGGCGUGGAACGCAAUGCUACAAGCGCUUACAAACUCUGGGGAGUAUGCCAAGGCCUUUGAGCUGUUCUCUAAAAUAACCCAGCACAACGUUGUUAGCUGCACAACAAUGCUCGCUGCAUAUGCCCAAAAGGGGCACAGUUUAGAGUUGAAACAGUUUUUCCAGGAUAUGCUUUGCAGAACGUCUAUAACGUGGAACGCAAUGGUGAACUGUUGCAAGCUUAACGACGCCAAAGAAACUGCAAAAAGAAUGCCUGCCCAUGACGUGAUGACGUGGACGUCUCUGGUAACUGCAUAUGCCCAGGCCGGGGAUCUUGACGAGGCUCGCAGCCUCUUCGACCGGAUGCCCGAGAAGAAUGUGGUGUCGUGGAACGCAAUGAUUCAAGCUCUCGGGCAGAACGAACAUCCGAGCGAAGCGAUGGAUCUCUUCCUCGCAGCGCCGCUUCGCGAGAUCGUCACCUGGAACCAUAUGAUCGUGGCAAUGGGCCAAAACGGCGAGAUCGAGCAGGCGCGCCUGGUCUUUGAUCGAUUGCCCGCCCGGGACGUCGUCUCCUGGAGCUCGAUCACCGCUGCGCUCGCCCACAACGGAUCCAUUCAAGAGGCGCGCGAGCUCUUCGACCAACACAGUCCGGAGAGGAACCUCGUAUCGUGGAACGCGAUGGUGGCCGCCUACGGCCAAUCCGGCGACGCCACCCUCGCCAAGGCCGCGUUCGAUCGCAGCCCGGGUUGGAACACACUCUCCUGGAACUCGAUCCUCGUCGCGCUCGCGGGCAACGGCCUCGUCGAUCGAGCGCGCGAGAUGUUCGACGGCUUCCCCGGCGCCCGGAACCUCGUCUCCUGGAGCGCGAUGAUCCAGGCGUACGCGCUCCACGCGCGGGGCGAUCUCGCGCUGGGGCUCCUCCGGGAGAUGGACGCCGAGGGGAUCGAGGCGGACGAAUCCACGCUCCUGGGCGUUCUUGCGCUGUGCGGACACCUGGGGAUGCUCAAGGAGGGGGUGGAGAUGUUUCGGUGCCUGGCGAGCGAUCGGUGGCUGGAGCCCGGGGGCGAGCACUACAGCUGCAUGGUGAGCUUGCUGGGGCGAGUCGGGAUGGUGGAGGCGGCGGAGGAGCUGGUGCGGGCGAUGCCGGUUCUGCCCGGGGUGGCGGCGUGGACGAGCGUGUUGAAUGCGUGCCGGACGCACGACCAGGUGGAGGCGGCGGAGAGGAUGUGCGAGGAUGCGCUGGAGGCGUUCCCGGACUGCCCCAGCCCCUACUCGCUCCUCGCCAAUGUUUUGUCCAGGGGUAUUUGCAAGGGUGCUGCGUCUGCCACCUUUCGCCGGAGUUUAUGA